AUGGCGACUACAGAGCUCCCAGAUACCGAGCAGGGCUCUCGACCUAUCUACAAGGUCUACAAGCGACGCUUUUGGGGACUGGCCCAGCUGGUAUUGCUGAAUAUCGUCGUUAGUUGGGAUUGGUUGACAUUCUCGUCCAUUUCGACAACGGCCGCAGAGUACUUCGAUGUCUCGGAGAGCGCUAUUAACUGGAUGAGCACUGGCUAUCUCUUCGCCUUCUGCGCUGUUAGCCCCAUCGUCAUCUGGAUCCUGAACAAAGGCGGACCCAAACCAGCCAUAGUCACUACUGCCACACUGCUAUUAGUCGGCAACUGGCUCAGAUAUGCCGGUACUAGAGCGAACGGGGGCAUCUAUGGGCUCGCAAUGUUCGGCCAGAUCCUCAUAGGGUUCGCGCAGCCCUUCUGCCUCUGCGCACCAACUCGAUACAGCGAGCUCUGGUUCUCAGACAAAGGCCGCACAAGCGCAACAGCCGUCGCCAGUCUAGCAAACCCACUGGGCGCAGCCCUGGGCCAGCUAAUUGACGCAGAGUGGGCAUCAAAACCCUCCGAUAUUCCAAAUAUGGUUCUGUACAUCUCGGUCAUCGUACGUGAAACCCACCCCCCAAAACUCCAGCCAUCCAUUGGUCCUUUCUCCCUCUCGCUCACACACCACGUAACCAAACAGUCCACCGUCGCAGCACUCCCAUCAUUCUUCCUUCCAGCAGCACCACCAACACCCGCAAGCGCAUCGUCCGCAAAGCCGCACACGCCACUGGGCGAAGCAGUACGCAAACUAACCAGAACGCGGGAGUUCUGGCAGAUCUUCGUCCCGUUUUCUGUAUACGUGGGCUUCUUCAACAGCGUUUCCUCGCUGUUAAACCAGAUUCUCAGUCCGCAUGGAUUCUCCGAGACAGAAGCAGGCAUUGCGGGAGCUAUCCUGAUCGUGGUGGGCCUCAUCACAUCAGCAAUCAUGUCGCCGAUAACAGAUCGCUACAAGCAUUAUCUGGGCAGUAUCCGGGUGCUUGUUCCUGUGGUGGUAGUCACGUAUAUCGGGCUGAUAUUUGCACCGGGCAGUUCGGCGGGAAUCCCACCUUCGUAUGUGGUGAUGGCGCUGCUGGGUGCGGCAUCGUUCGCGAUGCUGCCCAUUGUUCUAGAGUACCUGGCUGAGAUUACUUAUCCGCUCUCGUCAGAGAUUGGAAGUACCAUGUGCUGGACGGGUGGGCAGUUGCUUGGUGCAUGCUUUAUUCUUAUUCAGGAUGCAUUGAAGGCUGGGGCUGAGGCUGCGCCACCGUAUAAUAUGCGGAAUGCGUUAAUAUUUGCGGCUGUAAUUGCCGUUGUCGCUGCGCCCUUCCCGUUGACGAUUGGACUCUUUGGAAGGGUUGUUCACCAUCGUAGGUUGGAGGUUGAUCAAGGCGUUGAGUUGCAAGAGACUGAGGAGGUGGCUGGGACGGCCGAUAAUGUUAGGAAGGUUAGGUCUGAUGAUUCUGCUGUGGAUACAGAUACUCUGAUGAAGACUUAA